CGCUCAAUGCCAAGAAUACUAUUUUACUUAUGGUAAUGUUUGCCUUUGUAGUUCCAGCCUAUACAAAAACAAAAGACUAUGUCUUAAUGCUAACGAACCACAACGACCGAGCGCUACAUAUAAAUGACGUCGGCAAGGUGACAGCAGCUAACAUAGCAUUUGCACAGCCCUUAACCAUGGAUAUAGUUGGUGAUCCAUUCAAUGGCGAUCCAUUCUUUAUAACGCUCUAUGCCAAACAAGUUGGGCUGUUCUUGUGCUUUCGGCGUGGCAGAUUAGUGGGACUGAAACAGCUCACGCGAGAUUGUCACUUUAGUGAGACAAUGGAACAUGGCCACUACAUGUACGCGAAUGCUUACAAUGCAACCCUGCGUGUCGGUUUCACGAAGCGUUUCAAGCCCAUUGGUCCAAAGCGGCUGCGGCAUUCGCACAGCAUCAGCAAGGAUCACUUCCUCUUUGAGCGACGACAUUUGGCAGAUAUUAUCACUAGUAGAAGCACCACCACAGCAACCACCACCACCACCACCACUACGACUAGCACCACUACCACCACAACAACAACACAUACACCCAAAGCCACACGCAUCCAACGCAAUAGAAACAUAGCCCACAACCACAAUGACAACAGCAACAAUGACAAUAGCCACGCGUUGAAGCCCUCCGUUGGGCUGAAGCGCCCGCAGCAACAACUGCAAGAAGAACUGCAUACAGAAGCUGCAAAGAGUAUUACUAAUGAUAAACAUAACAAUAAACAUAGUCAUAACGAGGAUAGUAGUGUAAACGAUUAUAAUAGCAACAAAAACAACAAGAGUACCCACAAUGUUCCACAGAGGCAGCAGCAGCAGCAGCAGCAGCCCUCAGCCGGUUUGCUGGAGGAGCGCUUGCGGAAGUUACAUGGCGCCGAGCAGCAUCCACUGCGUCACGACGGCAACAGUAUUAGAAAUAAAAACCGCCGGCGACGUUUGCAGAAUCGGCGCAAGCAACGCCAGAACCAACACAAUUUGCAGGCAAAGAAUCUGGUGCGCCAAAACCACAACAACAGCACAAAGAUGGCGCGACGCCGCCAGCAUGAGCGCGAGCAAUUGUUGCGCAAACAGAGUCGUCACCGACAGCAAGUGCUGGCGCGGCACGAGCAACAACAACGGCAACAGACACCGCCACCGACGCGUGGCGCGGGCGAAGCGGCUAGUUCUACCGCUUCCACAGCGGCCUCUGCACUCACAGCCACUGCCGCCUCGUUGGUGCCCACAACACUAAUCGACAUUAUGGCCAUGCUGGCAGCUUCGCGACGUAAGCGCGGGCGGCGGAAAAAGGAAGCCACCGCAGAAGAAAACGAGAAUGCAACGACGGCGGCAGCGAGAACGGGUAGCCGAGCGCAUAGCGCGACACACGCGUCCGCCGACAUGCAAAUAGCGGUAUCACAAACAACCUUACAACCCGUGAUGGGCGAAAAUGUGGUGGCUAAGAAGCGAAGGACGGAAUGGCUGCCGCUGGACGGGGAGGAGGAGCAGGCGAAGGCGAGAGCGCAGGGUCAGGCAGCGCUGGGUGCUGCCACGGCUGGUGGGAUGAGUGGUGUGCGAAAUGAGAUGGAGGUGCAGCCGUGGCACAGGCAUCGGCAUCAUCAUCAUCAGCUGCGGCCGCUGGCGUUAGACGCGGCCGCUGAACCAGUGAGCGCGGCGCAACAUGUUGCUGAGAAAGUUGCGCAGGCGCAGGCUCAGCCAAUAGAGCAACAGCAACCACAUGAAUACUCAAAUAGUUAUGUUAAUAGUAAUUUAAAUAGUAAUUAUAAAUUAAAAACUUAUUCUAAUGCUAAUAACGGUAAUGAUAAUGUUAAUGUUAAUAAUUAUGUUAAUGCAAUACCUGCCUUGCCAAAAAACUACUUAUACGAGAACACUCAUCAGCGCACCGAUUAUGAUGUUCAUAGUCACGUUGAUGAUGAGGAUGAUAAUGAUAACAAUUACAGUAACCGCAAUGCUAGAGCGCAUAGUGAAGCUGCUGGCGGAGAGCAUGAAGAGCCAGCUGCGAAAAAUGGUAGUCAUAGCGCCGCCAAUGGGCGUAGCAGCAGCAGCAGCAAUAGGAGUAGAAAAAGUAGUAGUAGUCAAAUAAGUAGCCAUAGCGAUAGUAUUAACCCUAGUAUGACUGAUUAUAGUAGUAACAGUAACUCUAAGUUUAGUCAAAAACAACAUCAACAACAACAGCAAGCACUUAGCCAUACUAGUAGUAGACGAAGGUAUCGACGAGCUGUUGCAACCGAGGCCACAAACGAAGCUGAGGCAGCAACAGCUCAUGACGAACGCGCCGACAGCGUACACGCUGAGGCGUAUGACGAUGUUGCUGAUAAUAUUAACGAUCGGCAUGUUGCUGAGCAACACCUGCUAGAUCAACACGCGCAGCAACAAACAGAUUUGGUAAGCAGUGAAGAAGCUGCCGCGGAAGUAAUCACUACCGCAGCGAGUUUCGAGCGCCAAACAAAAGAGUAUAAUACGAAUACGAAUACGAAUAAAAAAACAAAAACGAAUAUAAUAAAUGCGAAUAUAAAUACGAAUACCAAUAGCGGAGAUAAUAAAAGUAUAAUUGAUAACGUUAGUGUUAAUAGUAAUAUUAAGAAGGUAAAUUAUAAAGAUAAAGGCGAGCAAGUGAGUGCUGGAGUUGUUGCUGUUGACGAUGUAAAAAAAGACAAUAAUGUUAAGCGUAUUUUUUUUCGUAUACGCCUGCCGUUUUUUCGUCAACAUAGCAUCAAUAACAACAACACUAACCAUAAUAACAGUAAUAUUAUGCAUACUAUUAACAACCACAUUAAUAUGGAUGUCGUAGAUGAAAAAGAAGCUACUGCUAAUCAAAUAAAUGCCAAUGCGAAUGCANUACGCCUGCCGUUUUUUCGUCAACAUAGCAUCAAUAACAACAACACUAACAAUAAUAACAGUAAUAUUAUGCAUACUAUUAACAACAACAUUAAUAUGGAUGUCGUAGAUGAAGAAGAAGCUAAUGCUAAUCAAAUAAAUGCCAAUGCGAAUGCUAUUGCUAAUGCGAAUGCUUUUCAAACGCAACAACAACAAGCUGUUAAUAAUAUAAAUAUUAAUAACAAUGAAAUUAAUGUUGCUGCUGCUGUUGCUGCUGGUAAUGUAGCUUUUGCUAUUCAUUUAGCACGCGCAUAUAAUUAUUACGAUAAUCAAAAUGUUAUUGAUGCUAAUUACCAUGAUGGUAAUGAUGAUGACGAAAAUGUGCAUGCUGCAAAUAACGAUAAUAUUAAUAAUAAUAUUGAUAAUGUUUAUGAGCAUUUGUUUGCUGCUAAUCAUAAACGUUUUUUUCGUAGCUUAAAUUAUGCUAAUACUAAUCACAAUGUGAAUAACUAUACGAAUGAUAAUGAUGAUAAUGACCAAGGCGAUGAUGAUGAUAAUGAUGAAUGGAAAAGAAAUCAUAAUAAAUAUGAUAUGACUAUAGUACAAUACAGAUAUGUAGUUGUCUUUUAUUAA